UCAAAACAACGCGAUGAUGGAAUGCAGUCAAAACAUUUGCUUUAGAGCUUCUAUAUCUUUGUGAUUAUUACUCUUAUUAUAUAACUAGAGAUUCUUUGGUACGCCAAGGUCGUUUAUGGAUGAUUUCGACUCCUGAAUGUUCAUUUGCUUGACCAGUAUAACCAUAUAUAUGUCUGUGUAGAGUGUAGAGCAUCAUGCAGUGUACUGUAUUAUGCUUCUUGACCCCGUCUUGUGCACUAACAACUUUAAGGAAGAGAUAGAUUAGAGAAGUUACUAAGGAACUGAAAUCUAGGAUACAUAAAUCAUGGAGAGAGAUCUGAAAACGCUUCGACGAUCUCGGUUGAUGAACUAUUCAGAGUUCCGUAACAUGACAACAGCUCUCGAGAGGCACCAUAAGGAUGUCAAGGUUGCCUUUAUGACAUGUAGAAAAGAGAAUGACAAAGAACUGGACCUGAGGCCCUACUUGUAUGACGAAGGAGACUCAUAUGAAAAGCCAUUUUACAACACUUUACUAAAGAUGUUAUAUGAAGUUGCCACGUCCCACUUUCAUGAGAAACAAUAUGAAGAUCUGAAGAAGAUUUACAAAUGGUAUAAUGCAAACAAAAAGCUGAUCUCUUCACCCCCUGUUGUUCCUAUUCCUGAACCACCAAAGCAAAAAGAUGACAGCUCUUCCAAACUACCAGAUGAUGAACAUGGAGAUGAAGAUGAACUAGGAGAAAAAGUGAAAUUCAAAGAAGUUCCCAAACUUCACAUGAGACCCAAAACAGCUCCACCAAUAGAAUCAAAGAAGGGUGUGCGAUAUGUAACAUGGAAUGAAGCACAGGGCAGAAAUGGAGCCAUUAAAAGACCUGGUUCUGGGAAAGCAGUGUUCAGGUACCAAAACAAGGAACACUUUGCAAGGGAAUAUCUUGGUAAAGCCCUCAAGAUUAGUCAGAUCGGCAACCAAAGUAAAGAUGGCUCACAAACUGAUCAAAGUUAUCACCCAUCUUUCUAUGUAAAUCGACCUGGUACUGCUCCACCUUACACUGCACAGGUCAAAUUUCAAGACAAUGACAGUGUGAAGUCGUUCAUCCUUAAGCCAUAUAGCACUCCUGUACCAAUGUCAUCACCAAUCAACUCUCCCUUGGCAUCGCCAAGAGAUUCUCCUGUUCCAUUCAGAUGUAAGUCACCUCAGCUGUCUGUUGACUUCUCACCUCAACCAGCCAAAGAACCAGCUGUCAAACUCAGUGUUCGAAUGCCAAAGGAGAAAGAUGACAAGAAUGACAACAGAUUGAAAACGUCAUGUAGACAAGAUAAAAAUGUUGAUAAAGAAGACCAAAAAGAGGAGAGAGAAUACCCAGAAUUGCCUUCCAAACUACAAACAUCGCAGCCCAUUCCUGAAAACCCCACUUCGUCACAACUUGAACACAUUUUGAAGAAUCAGAAACGCGAAGAAGGUUUGCUAGAAGAACAGCACAACCUACUACAAACGAAACUUUUACACGAGUACGAUAGGUACGCCAGGGAAUGUGCCGCCAUGGAGAAGGAAAGAAAAGCUAAAGUAGAGAUGAUGGAUGGCCAUGUUGCUUUGAAUAUGAAUGGUGGACAACAUGGGCAACUUGUUCAUCCUUCGACUGUUGGAACAUACGAUCUGUCUUACCCAGAUACCAUUCCCAGCUACAACAGAACCUUUUCCAAGCCAAAAGAAGCCCAUUCUCGCAGCAAAUCAGCAGGCAGUCCAAACGUGCAGUCGGGAUUCAGUCCCGCUAGACAUCUUAGACACACUACUGUCCCAUAUAACAGACCAGACGAGGUUCACGUGAAUGCAGUGUUGAGCAUGGUGACUCCUAUCGGCAUGCAGAUGGAGUGUGAUAGAGAAAGGGCGAAUGGGUAUGUUUCUCCUGGAAUGAAACAACCAUCCACUCCAAUACCUCAACACGUGACACUAGAUAGAACUCCUGAUCAACAGAUACACAGAGAAACUUCAACAGUCAGUCAGUCAUCGUCUGUAUGCAGCUCAAUCCUAGACAUGGACUCUCCCAGGUCGUCACUCUCUACACCAACCCCUCUCGAACUGAAGAACAAGGAACCAGAGUUAAACAGAGAGAGAACAGAUCGUGAUUACAAGGUCCAUUUCCACCAGGACAAAUCGCCGUCAGAUGCGAACAAGAACUUCAAAACAUCGGGACCUGUUUGUCCAGACUCCAUUAGAUAUCAGUGGACAGACGAUGGAUUUGGUAGUAUGACAUACAUGAAAAAGUUAAAGUCACCAAUCUCUCCUCGAUCUCCGAAGAAGAAACCCAAUGUAGGCCAGACUUCCAAGCAAUCGCCUCCAGAACACGUGACUUUACCAUCGAGUUCUCGGUCUCUUGAUAAGAGAACAUUGGCAUCAUUAAUGUUAGUCAAGCAGUUAGGAGAAUCAGAUCGUAGGGAUGGCAGUCGAUUUGGAGGUUGUACAGAAAGGUCAGCCACAGCUCCCCCACCAGAUCAUGUAGACUACAAUUAUAAACUAGAAUACAUGUCAUUCUGCCAGCCCGUGGGGCCAAGACUAGGAGAGACAGACAGACCAUCUACAGUAGCCUGGUAUUUACAAGGAGAUCAUGGUUUGUACAAAGAACACAGUAUGCGGUACGACAGCGAGGAGAUUCACAAGAAAGACGUACGUAUCGCACAGGACAGAUCGUUGAUGAUCGAAGGCCGACAUAUCGGUGGGGAUGCCGACCAACAAGAAUCGAAGCCGAUGGAAAAACCAACAGCAAAUGAAGAAAAUGAAAAGAAAAAUAAAGAACCGAAGAAAGAAAUAGAGGCAUCUGAAAACACAGUAAAGAGCCAUAAGGACAACAAAGAAUUAGCCAAGCCAGCCAGGGCGUCAUUACGUCCUACCUCACCGAGACCGAAGCGACCAUUAUCUGCCUCCAGCUGUGAACAUCAUCACAUAUCGAUACCUACAGGAAAAGGUUUUGGUACGGCGUCUAGGCCAUGUUCAGCACGCAGUGACAGGUCUGAAAAAACAUACAGCUUCUCUGUUAAACAGUUCAAACAUUUCUGCUGGCCUGAUGAGGCUGUUCUUUCUGAUGACUACAUCAGGCAGAGAGAGGUCUGGGCGGCAGUCAAUAUACAAAGAAUAUUUCGAGGGUACAUGGCACGUCAGUAUUAUCUUGACUUACGUGAUGCUGAAAGAGAGCGACGACGAAGGGCUGCCCUUACGUUACAAAGUCAUUUGCGCGGUUUCCUGACUCGUAAACGGAUGGAAAACAAAAUGAAGGAUUACACGCCGACCACUCGAACCAAGGAAUGGGCGCGUAAAUACAAGGAAGAAUUGAAACAACGCGAAGCUGCGCGAAUGAACAAGAAAAACUUUACACUCAUCAAGUUGAACAAAGAAGCUGAAAAACUUGAUGAAAGCAUCAAGCAGGUGAAAGCGCACCAACAUAUCUUCGAUAUUUAUCAUCCAGUUAAAGAAGGACCGACCAAAGCUGAGAUGAAAGCCGCAGCUAUCACAAUACAAAGAUAUUUCCGUGGUUGGUUUGUGAGAAAAAUGUACCAGAAAGUCAAAGCAAAGGCUCUCAAGCGCACUCUAUCGUUCAACAAAUUCAUCAAAGACUAUCAAAGCCUUCUCUACAGAAUACAGAAGAGAUACGGUGUCAAGGAUCCAUCAACUGACCUACAGUUUAACGAGCUGAUGGAAUAUGUCGAACGAUUGAACAAGUAUGAAAUAGCUUUCGAGAAGUUCGCCGUCAAUGGUGUGCUCAGCUACAAUGAUAUCAAGGAGUAUUUCAAGGCUGUUGGUCACGUGCCGUCACAGAAAGAGAUUGACGAAGCCAUCGAAAUCGUUACUAAAAUGCCAGCGCAAGGCCGAAGUCUAACCAAAGCAGAGGCAGUGGAGAUUCUGUUCCAAAUCUACGUUCCACGAGGCACGGGAAUGAAGCUAUCAGAUGUGCGUAAAUCAACAUGGUUAAACCCACUUAAUGAUGGCCAAGACAUUAUGCAACUACUUUCCAAGAAAGACCUUGAGGCAACAAAUCUUGCUAAAUGUCUCUCACUAGUAGCUAAUGCAGGGAAAGAUAAUGAAGAGAUACAGGACUUACUCAGACCUUCCUCGGCUAAAUCUGCAACCAAGAAGACUGAGAAUAAAAAGGGCAGAUCACGUGAUAAGGAGCGGCACGUGACUUUAGCUCAGUAUCCAAUGAGGCCAUCUUCUUCUGCAUCUUCACGUAGUCGAUCCAAGUCCCCCAAACCCCCAAAAAGAUAAAAAUAAAGUGGUUUUGUUGGGAUUUUUGUGAGUGGUUCCGUGGGUUCCAUGAAGGCCCCCUUUUGUGAGAUCUGGUAAAGCCAAUCAUGUCCUUUACGCUCAAAUAGAAUGAAAUUGUAACCCUCCUUUGUGAAGAUGAUCAAGAGAGCUCUUUCUGCAUGGCAGCCAUAUUGGAACCACCCUUAUUAAUAUCCUGGACCAACCACUGUUUUCUAUUUCAUUAUAUAUAUAUAUUACAUAUCCCAAAACUUUUCCAAGGUCCUCAACUCGAGGGUUAGGGAAAUACAAAGAUAAAAUACAUAUUGAAAUUCCACUUUUAUAAAAUUAACGUUUUUACAUGGCAUUAUAAAAGGAGACUGGAUAUUUCCUCCUUCCUGGAUAUUAAUUUUUCAUGUCACAGACACCAUCAUUUCAAAAGGAUUUCAAAGUCAAACCAGAUACCUCCUAAGUGUCAUACUUCAAGUGCCAGUCUUUUGCAGUUAAUAUUGUAGAGAACGGAUAUUACCAUACAAGUAUUUGUAAAUACACUCAAUUGCAAAAUCAUUUAAGGUUCAAUUCUCACACCUGUGCAAAGUAAGACCAAAAGGUAUUGUGUGAAAUACCUAAUUAUCAUCUGAUGUUCUAUGCUGUGAGCAUGACAAUGAUUUUGCAAUACUCCUUUCUGGUAAUGAUAUCAUGAUCACAAAGGUGUACUGAGUGUGUGAAAGUGAAUUGGAAAUUUGGUUCAACUUUAA